AUGGCCGACGAUCAGAAUAAUACCACGACAUCAAAUCCAAGCGGCUCACUGCUCAUCGAGCAGGCGCCACUGCUGUCAAUGCUUAGAUAUGGGGCCACGGCCUAUGCGAUACAGAAUCUCGUAGUAAAGCCAGCCAUGUUCCUCCGCGACAUCAAAGCGCAUGUCAUCCCGCCUGAACAUCGCCCGGACUUUGUGAAAACCUAUGAGUGUCGGCCAAAUCUUCCUGUCAGAAUUUUCUUUCCAAAGUGCUUUGACAAGACGUCCAAAAACACCUUACCUGUUCUGUUCACUAUCCAUGGAGGAGGAUUCGUGCUCGGCACCCCUAAUGACAAUGAUGACUGGAACGCAAUUUAUGCUUCGCUGCAUCAUUCCAUCGUGAUUGGACUAAACUACGCCAAAGCUCCAGGCAACCCCUUUCCCGGACCAAUCUACGACUGUGAGGAACUUUUCCUUGCAGCGCUGAAAGACGAGUCUUUGCCUCUAGAUCGAACUAGAGUCAGCUUGGCCGGUUGGUCGGCUGGAGGAAAUCUAUGUCUCGCGGUCUCUCAACGAGAAGCUGUCAAGAAGCACUUGUCUGCCAUUGUUCCCAUGUAUCCAUGUGUCGAUCUUUCUAUUCCGUCGGAGGAGAAGGCGAAAGCACGAAGAUACAAGCCCGAUUUGGGUGGCUUCCGCUCAAAGGACAGGGACAUGCUACUUGGCAUGGCGCCGGUAUUCGAUUGGAGCUACAAGGUUCCUGGCGACAACGCUCGCAAUCCAUUGCUGAGCCCUGCUUAUGCCCCCAAGGAGGCUUUACCCAAGCAGAUCUUCAUGAUUGGCUGUGAACUCGACCUACUCGCCCAUGAAGCUCAAGUUCUAAUUCACAAAUUGGCCGGGCGUCCUGCCCCACCUGCGAUUGUGGGCAAAGAGGAGGCCGCGGGUAAGGGUGAACUCAUUCUAGAUGACGAGAGAUUCCAUUUCGAAGUGUCGAACACGGACGGUAGCCGAUACAAGUGGUUGCUGGUGCCUGACACCAUCCACGGAUUCGACCAAAACAUUGGUGGACUCGUCCGUGAUCCGGUUCUGAUGGAGGAUGCCGAGAUCAAGAUACAAAAGACAAUCAAAAUAAUUGGAGAAUGGGUUCUGCAGGCCCCGCCAACUACUGCUUCUUGA